UCAAACUGAAGGGGAGAAUAUGAUAAAAGAAACAAGUUGCAUUGGUCCACGGUUUAUGUUUCCAUGACAAAUAUACGCCAUCAACAUGCGACAAACGUGCGCGGCGGAUAUAAAAGUGUCUUGUUACAGUCGUGUACAUUUUCCCUGAAAGUUGAUAUGAUGUUCUGUAAACGAGAACGUUGCACAAAGUCGUAGAAGACCGCUAUUAUUUCCAGUGAUGACACAAUCAGUUGUUGUACAGGUUGGGCAGUGUGGUAACCAGGUGGGCUGCAGGUUUUGGGAUCUUGCUUUGCGGGAACAUUCCCAUGUCAAUAAAAAAGGAAUCUACGAUGAGGCGCUGAGCAGCUUCUUUCGGAACGUUGACUCAAGGAGAAGUGUCGGGGGAUCUUGUGACAUCACUGGUGGGAGGAUCCAAUCCCUGAAGGCCAGGGCGGUGCUGGUGGACAUGGAGGAGGGUGUGGUGAAUGAGAUCCUACAGGGCCCGCUGAGAGAAUUGUUUGAUAGCACUCAGCUCAUCACUGAUGUGUCUGGCUCAGGCAACAACUGGGCAGUGGGCCACUGGACGUAUGGCUCAGCCUACAGGGAACAGAUUGUGGACCAGCUGAGGAGGGCAGCAGAGCGUUGUGACUGCCUGCAGUGCUUCUUUCUCAUUCACUCCAUGGGUGGAGGAACUGGAUCAGGUCUGGGCACCUGUGUGUUGAAGCUUCUGGAGGAGGAGUUCCCCGAGGUAUGUCGUAUCGUCACCUCAGUCUACCCCUCAGCAGAGGACGAUGUCGUCACUUCCCCCUACAACAGUGUCUUGGCCAUGCGGGAGCUCACCGAGCAUGCCGACUGUGUCCUCCCUGUGGAGAAUCAGUCACUGGUAGACAUAGUGAACAAGAUCAAGCACAUGUCCCACAGUGGGAAGCCAGGUUCUGUGAUCAAGAAGGACAGUGCCAUCAUCUCAGGCCAGGGAGGGGUCAGUGGAGCUGAGAAGCCUUUUGAUGCCAUGAACAACAUCGUAGCCAACCUGCUGCUCAAUAUCACCAGUUCAGCUCGUUUUGAGGGAUCACUCAACAUGGACCUGAAUGAGAUAGCCAUGAACCUAGUGCCCUUCCCUCGACUGCACUACCUGGUGCCCAGCCUCACCCCUCUGUACACCCUGGCUGAUGUCAACAUCCCCACCCGAAGGCUUGAUCAGAUGUUCACUGAUGCCUUCAGUAAAGACCACCAGCUGAUCCGGGCUGACCCCAAACACAGCCUGUACCUGGCCUGUGCCCUCAUGGUCCGUGGCAACGUGCAAAUGUCUGACCUCCGCAGGAACAUAGAGAGACUGAAGCCCAUGCUGCCUUUUGUGUCAUGGAAUCAGGAGGGAUGGAAGACAGGCCUGUGUUCUGUGCCCCCUGUGGGUCACUCCCACUCACUCCUAGCCCUGGCCAACAACACCUGUGUCAAAUCCACCUUCAUGGAGCUCCGAGACCGCUUCACCAAGCUCUACAGGAAGAAGGCUCACAUGCAUCACUACUUGCAUGUGGACGGGAUGGAGCAGGGCUGCUUCACGGAAGCGAUCUCCUCCCUCUCUUCUCUGAUAGAAGAGUACAGUCAGCUGGAUGCCACCAAGGACAGACUGAUGCCUGACGCUGCCAGGCUCAACAUCGCCACAUGAAGGUCCUCUGUGUGUACGCACUAGCAGACUACACAUAGUGGAGCGUGUUUGUGUGUGUCUGCAAAGCACUUUUGUGUUUUAUUAGCAGAAAAUAGUACUGUAAUUUGAUAACUUGGUUUAUUUAUUUUUAUAAGUUACAAAGCAUUUCUUUCCUGUGUCUAAAUGAUAUUCCUUAUUAAUUGUAAUUUAUUUUUACUGGAUAACUGAGUUAUGAAUAUGUAUGCCUUGAAAAGGGUCAACAACACAGGGGAAAAUACAAAAACAAAUAACUAUGAAUUUUUAUUGAUUCUGAAUCUAAAUUUCUAGUGAAUCAGAGUGGACGUGAGAUUGUAUGAGGUAUUGUGGUGCAAACUAUGUUGAGAAUUAACUGGUAGGAAGAUGUAUUGUGAUCCAGCUGGUACACUGUUGAUAAGGGGUAUAAUCAGUGGGUCGCUACAAAGGUGAAUUAAGAUAGAGCAAACAUGUUUGCUCUAUCUAUGCCUGUUGCCACUAAUGGCCUCACUCACAGCCUUAUUGUUUAAUGAGGUACUGCAAAACCCAUAGAAUCGAGGUCUAUCCCCACAUUGUCAUCACGUACAUUACAUUUCCUUUCAUGUUAAUUGUCAAGCAAUAUACCCAGAACAAGUUGUUUCUCUCCCGUCUUCAUGAGUUGAGGUUCUACGUUGAAACUUUCCAUACCAGCCCACUGGCAUAUCGCCAGAACACAGGCACUGUUCAGUAGCACUUCAUGGCCAGGCCGAACCCUGACCAGCUCAGCCCUGUACACACAAAUACCAUACCGACUCGGGCAGCACAGAGCCAGAGGCAGAUAGGCCAGGCCUGUGUUAGUCUAUGGGCAUGGACAUGGCUCUGAGGUUGAUUUAUAGAUGCUGGAGAAGGUGCUAGAGGAAGCGUAGCUCUGCGAACAUGUCCCCAGGGUCAUUACACUUCCUCUGGCACACGCAGGACGUUAUCCACUGCAUCUUCCAGUGCACGUUGGAGCCGCCCUUGCACUUGAAGUUGACGGUCACCAUUUUGGAUUUGUUGGGGAUGCAACAGCGCUUGUCAGUGCAGAUGCCGCAGUAAGUGGGUUUGAAACUUUUGGUGCUAGUGCACCCAGACAGGGUCAGCUUCUCUGCUUUCUUAGCCUGGAACUUGGGCUUGCAUGUCUUUCCUCUCAGCAUCUAGAGGGAAAAGGGACAUAGUUAAAUAUUCUCUUGUCAUAUGAUAGAUUGAUAGGGUUUCUAUCAUACUUCUGCUCUCCAUUUGUGAACAUACAGUGACUUCAGAAAGAAUUCACACUCCUUGACUUUUCACAUUUUGUUGUGCGACAAAGUGAAAUAAAAAUAGAUUUGUUAAAGAUCUACACAAAAUACUAUGACAAAAUGGAUA